CCCCCUCUCAUCCAUCUUCUCUCUGAAAUAACUUUGAAUAUCUGACAGUGCAAGCAAAGCAAAGCAAAGCGAGCACCAAACACUACUGAUAUUUCUCUUCAUAUAAUUCCUACUGGAAAACAGAUAACCCCCUCAUCCAUAAGUGCGUCUCCCUCUUUUCCUCUCUCCGGCUUUCUUUUAUCGCCACAUCGCAGCAGCUAGCGUGCCCUAGCGAGGCCCUCUAGUCACCUCACCUCACUGCAAUGGUGGAAGCUGCAAAGGCUGAAGCCCUUGCCCCCCUGCUCCUUUGUCCUCUCGAUUAGCCCUUGACGCAACAAGGUUGGUUGGCUUUUGGUCUCUUGGUCUCUCUCUCUAUCUCCCUUUCUCUCUCCUCCUCCUCCGCUGUUCAGACAGGGAGAGCACAGAGCAGCCUGCUAGUGGAAAACCUCUUGUGGCUUCCGAGACUCACACACAAACAAACAAAAAAACAAACACUGCACUAGGCUUAAACACAAAACAUCUGCAGCAGCAUGAGAGCUCCUCCUCUUCCUCCUCAAUAGCUUUAAUUUAGUCCGUGUCUCGUUCAAGGAGAGGGAGUUAAGAGUGAAGUGGUGUGUUGUAAAGCCUAGGAUUAGAGAGAGAGAGAGAAGGGGAGGUGUCAGAGGCUCGUCCAUAUAGCUCAUACAUAUACACAUCUAGUGGGGGAGGAAAACAGAAGAGUAUAAGAGUAGGUGCAGUAUAUCAGUAACCAGUAAAUACUUGGACCCAGCAGUAACCAGGACCAGGAGAGAUCAUCAAAGUAACCUUGCUGCCUUUUGAGAACAGAAGCGUCAGCAGCACCAGCAAGAAGCAUCUUCUCUCUGGAGCGGCGCCUCCGAGAAGAGGACGACGGAUCGGGACCAGGAGGCAUGGAUCUAUCUGGCACGCAGGGCGAGCUCGCGAUCCCAAUGCACGCCAACGUCGCGUCGCCCUACGGAGCCGGCGUCGGCGGCCAUGUCCUGCAGCUGCACCGUGACCACGGCAGCAACAACGGCCAGUCUCCGGCGCCGCCGCUGCCACCACCGCCUGCCGCGGCGGAGGAGACGGAGAGCUCGGCGAAGAAGCGCGGUCCGGCAGCCGGGGCCGGCGGCGGCGGGGGCAGCUCCACGGUGAAGUACCGGGAGUGCCUCAAGAAUCACGCGGCGGCCAUCGGCGGGAACGCCACCGACGGGUGUGGCGAGUUCAUGCCAAGCGGCGAGGAGGGCUCGUUGGAGGCGCUCAAGUGCUCCGCCUGCGGCUGCCACCGCAAUUUCCACCGCAAGGAGGUGGACGACGAGGACGACGACAUGUACGGCGCCGCCGAAGGCUUCAGCGGCCUCGGUCUCGGCCUCGGCCUCGGGCACGGCCACGGCCACCGUGCCGCCCGCCGCCUCCUGGCCCCCGCCAUGGCGCACCCGCACCACAAGAGCGGCGGCGGGGGGCUCCUGAUCUCCGGGGCCGACCCCUACGCCGCCUACGCGUCGGCGCGCGCGCUCCCUCCGGCGCUGCCGCCGCCGCCAGGGCACGCCCACCACCACCACCAGUACGUGAUGCCGCUGAACAUGAUGCACACCUCGGAGUCCGACGACAUGGAGGGCGGCCGCGGCGGCUGCGGGGACGCGGCGCGCGGCAGCGGCGGGUCGUCGUCGUCCAGGAAGCGGUUCCGCACCAAGUUCACCCCGGAGCAGAAGGCGCGCAUGCUGGAGUUCGCGGAGCGCGUGGGGUGGCGCCUCCAGAAGCUGGACGACGGCAUGGUGCAGGCCUUCUGCCAGGAGAUCGGCGUGAAGCGGCGCGUGCUCAAGGUGUGGAUGCACAACAACAAGCACAACCUCGCCACCAAGCGCCUCGAGGCCUCGCCGGCGCAGGAGCAGGCGAUGGCGGGCAUGGCGUCGCCGCCGCCGCCGCCGCCACCCCCACAGCUGCACUUGCCUCUGCAGAUGCCCGCUGGAGUCAUGCCGCCGCCGCCGCCGCCGCCGCAGGCCGGGUCGUCCUGUCACCGCGGCGGUCCCGGCUCCCCGCUGCCGCUCAAGCUCGAGUGACCACCGACAACCUGACAAAAAACAAGAAGAGGGUGACCACCAUUGGUGGCCGUUGAUCCGUCCUGGUGGUAAGUGGUAAACUAGCUAGCUAGCAGACCGACGGACCGCAUCGAUGGCUAUUUCACUGUUCCAUUAGUCCAUUCCUUCCCAAGUGAUCUAUCUACCGUCGUCGUCCAAGCAGGGAGAGAAGUGGGUGAUGAACUUUUCUUGAAACAACAAAACGAACAAAGUCCAGGUUAUUAUCGUCUCUUUUUUUUCCUUCCCUUUUCCGGUGCUCGUUGCUUUGUCACAAGGUAGGGGAGCAAGCAACCAAGCAUGCAUGAUAGUAGUAGCUGAUUUCGACUGGACUGGACUGAUUUCCUUCCAAUUUUUUUUCCUGAUGGUGAAGAAAACUAAAUAUCCUACUAGUAUCUAUCCUCCAUUUAUGUUAUGUGUUAGUAUUCA